AUGCCUCCCACGGUCAUCAUCGUCCGCCAUGCCCAAGGCGACCAUAACGUUGGCAACAAAUGGAGACUGAAGGACGCCACCCUGACUAAGAUCGGCAUGCAACAAUGCGCAAGCCUCGCAGAAUGGUUCCCAUUUCACGACAAAGUUGACCUCAUGGUCUCGUCCCCCCUCCGUCGCACCAUUCAGACCGCUGUUCACUCGUUUGGACCUAUUCUCACUCGCACGGAGGUACCGUUCUUACUUCACCCGAAAGCACAGGAAGUAUCGGAGCGCAAUUGCAAUGUCGGCUUCGCCAAGGAACCUUUGAAGGCAGAAGUUAAGAAAUUGUUCGAGGGGCACGACCUUGGUUACGAUGUGGGAUCCCGUAUCGAUUACGAUGGAGUUGAGGAGGGAUGGAACUCAAAGAAGGGGUAUUGGGGCCCGGAAAAGGAAGCAGUCGAGAAGCGAGCGGCCGACAUGCGUGCCUGGCUGUACGAGCGAUCAGAGAAGACGAUCGUCCUUGUGACGCACGGAGCCUUCCUGCACUACUUCACCGAGGACUGGGAAGGCUAUCACCCUUCUCUGGGGUCUGCUUACCACAAUUGCGAGGUUCGACAGUUCACAUUCACACCGGAAUCCACGCAGGGCGAUGCGCAUAUCAAGGAGACUACCUGGAGUCGGGAGAACAGGUCACAUGUGGCCGAGAAGGAAUCCGUUGUGGUGGCUGAGCGCGAUGGUGUCAGACCAGCCCUGUGA